AUGACACAGCUGCUUCUGCUUCUUGUGGCUCUCCUGGUCCUGGGUCAUGUGCCGACAGGGAGAAGUGAAUUCAAACGGUGCUGGAACGGCCAAGGGGCCUGCCGGGCUUACUGCACGAAGUAUGAAACCUACAUGCAUCUGUGCUCGGAUGCCACCUUGUGCUGUCUGCCUUAUGGACUCAAGCCUGUCAAGACUGAAAAGGUCUAGCUGGUUCUGGGACUGACACCCUUGCCCUCCAGUAAAAUACAA